AUGAAAGUGCUAAUUAGUCUAGUGCUCACUGUUUCGGCUGUGCUGUGCGAUCAGCCCAGUGUUGAGGUUCAGAGAGUCCAGGUAUACGAAGUUCCAUACCAGCCCUCAGGAUGGAGACCAGCUGCCAUCACUCAGUUGCCGCAAAGAUUAACAGCUUUCACUGAGUCACCCCAAAGACAUCUUCCGGUUAAACCAGCCGAAAACUUCAAGGUGGCCAAUUUUAAAGUGGGGAGGUUGCAACUGGCGCCACAAUUUGAACGCAUACAGAGACCAGCUUCGUUGCUUCAGCUGCCCAAUAAGCCUGCAGGUGUUUUCAGACGAGUGGGACCACAAUUUGAACGCCUACAGACACCAGCUUCGUUGCUUCAGCUGCCUAAUAAACCUGCGGGUGUUUUCAGACGAGUAGGACCACGAUUUGAACGCCUACAGAGACCCGCUUCGUUGCUCCAGCUGCCCAACAAACCCGCGGGUCUUUUCAGAGCUCCGCAAUUCGCUAGAUUGGAGACGGCAACUCCGGCGACCAAGUAUGGUCCACCUUCUCAAGAAUACGGACCACCUUCUCAAGAAUACGGUCCACCACCAGAAGGCACGACUGAGGCAAUUGAUGCAACAACCACUGAAUUACCAACCACAACAGCAGCCCCAAGCUCCAAACUUCAAGAUAAAAGCGAAAAAUUCGUCGAGAGGGGCGUCUACUACAUUUACCACCCCAAUGGUUUGUUGCAAAAGGUUGUUUAUGCCACCAAAGAUGACAUUGAAAAGAUGGAAUAUUCGGCAAGACUGAGGUACCAAGAUGUUGAACCAAUUAGAGACCCCAUCUACACCUACAAUCCAGAAACUAGAGUUCUAGAAAGACUGAGAGUAUAAAGACUUUAUUUUUAAAUGUAUAUAUUUUAUUUCGGAUAUUUUAAACCACGUUAUUUAUUUAUGUAUAUAUUGUAUUUGUUUGAUGUAAAUGAGUGUUCAAUAAAAUUUAU